AUGGAAGAGGAACAGCUUCUCGAGGGAAACAUCCAAGUACCUCACAAAGAAAAUCAUUUAAACAAAACCUCAUCCACAAUGGCUGUCACUUUAUCUAGUAUAGCAGCUCGAGAAUGGCUACAGAAGAGGAGAGAAGGCAUCAAACCAUGGGCAGAAUUCAUCAAUAUGUCAAAAUUCCAGAUGCCAAAAAAUUUAGCCAAAGUUCCCAAACAUGCCAUGAAAAAUAUUGAAGAGUUUCAAAGCAACUAUCUUUUUGUUUUCAUAGGCUUGGUCAUUUUUUGCAUUUUGACUUCCCCACUGCUUUUGAUAGCAAUGGCUGCCUGUUUUGGUGCUUGUUACAUAAUCAGCCUUCGUAAUCAAGAGAAGAAAAUGAUUAUCAUGGGACGUGAAUUGAGUUUGGGUCAACAAUAUGCUGGUGUUGGUGCCAUGUCUUUUCCAUUGUUUUGGCUGGCUGGGGCAGGAUCAGCAUUCUUUUGGGUAAUUGGGGCUUCCUUUUUCGUGAUUGGUCUACACGCCAUUAUGUACAAACGACCCGAUGAGGGAGAAGAGUUUGACCUUCAGAUGGAGACUGUCUAA